AUGCUGGAUCACGACAUGUUUCUGCGAGGCAAAAAUGUCAAAGAUUCAUCAUCGGUCCAAGUCUCUGAGGGUGUGACAGCUACAAGCGCAUACGACAAUCAGCAACUUGCCCCCUCCAAGGCUCAAAAUGCCGCCACGACGCUCCGUCGAACAUCAACUAGAUUCCUGGAGGCGGUGUCUAUCCCGAUAAUCCGAAGGUCAUCAGAAGGUAGCCGGAACCACAGUCCGUUCCUCGACAUACUGUCAACCGAUCUGCACUACGCCAUCGCCACCAAGUACCUGAAUUUCGACACAUUGCUCGCCCUACGUCAGACAUGUCGUGCGAUGCACGCCUUGCUCACGCCAGACAAGAUCCGGCGUGUCCGCGACAAGUUGGUGCAGCAAUAUCUCGAAGAUGAGGUUCGACAAUUUCGAGCCUACAGGACUCUCUACCCCCGAAACCGAUUCGGGCAUCUGUGGGAAUUGCUGCACGACGCGUUUGACUUUCGACUGGUCGAACGCCCCGCCAAAGAGUUGCGAUGCUACGCUUGCCUGCAGUUGAAACCGGUGUGGAACUUUGUCGAGCGCAUGAGCACCCGUGGGACCGGCCUGGGCGCCAAAUCCGCCCACAAUAGAAUGUGCAAAGACUGCAUGCGGAGGUACCGUGACGUGGAAGGGUCAUGGUGGAAGGAGAACUGGGUCAAAAGGAGCGAUACCGCGAAAAUCGUCAGCAGGGGCAAACGGGUCCGUCGCUGGGUGUUCCAGGGUCAAAGUCUGGUCAAUCCGCCGGAAGACGUGGGUGUGUGUGCUGCUUGCGGCACCUUUGCGUUCGAACUCUGGUGGGGAUGCGUGACCUGUUUUGAGAUGGAGCAGAAAGCCCGUCGGGAAGAGGAUCUCGAUGAAAUGGAGAUCAGUGGGCUGGAGCGAAAGGUUGUCGAUGCGUUUGACAAAUGGCGAUUUCGAAGGGAGAUCAAAUGCCGUAAACGUCAGGCCAAGAGGGAGACCAGGGCCGCGAGAAGCAGGAUCCUGGCCAGAUUCGGCUUCAUCUGGAUUGGGCCGGGCUCGAAUCGAAGAGCCGCGUUUCGGGAAUGGAGAGCGAGCAAAACUGGCAAACCGGCGUCGCCAUUCAUGCCUCCACCAAAAAAGGUCGACCGGGGCUGGAAAGCACUCGAUCAGAUUCCACCACCGGACGGCAGACGAGAGGCUCGAUGUGCUCCCUGCUGGAUAGCGAGUGCUCCUCGAAGGAUGUACAUGCACAGCUUCGGAUUCGAAGGUGUGCUGGAAAAAGAGCGAUGGUGUAAGCAUUGUCGACAAGAACAACGUUCACGGCACGAGCGAAGAGAGGAAAGAAAGUUCAGGUUGGACGGCUAUGUCGCUGCCCAAGACCCUUUUGAGGAGGAAGAGAAAUACGGACUGGAUCUGUUGUUUGAUCAAUAUUGA